CUUCUGGCCCAAGCGCCCGGAGACAAUGCGUGGGGGGACACGGGGAGAACACGACGGCGAUGCAAGCAGGCGCACCUCCUGCUCCCGGCGGGUGCGGACGCCGAGCCGGCGGGCCAGCGGCUGACGGACGAGGAGGGCUCUGCCGGCGGCCGGCCAGGUGAGCUUCCAGUCCGAGGAGCAGCAGCACUGCGCCGUGUGCCUAGAGGCGUACCAGGCGGGCGAGGUGCUGACGGCUCUCCACUGCAGGCACUUUUUCCACGUCGCCUGCCUCGCCCAGUGGGUGCGGAGGGCCACGGGGUGCCCGCUCUGCCGCGCGCCCUGCGCGGAGCCGGCGCCCACCUGAGCCGCGGGCCUCGCGCGCGCGCGGGGGGGCAGCCCGUCUGGCGGGCGGCCGGGGGCUGAAAGCGCGCGCAUUGCAGGCAUGCGCGCCCCCCCUUUCAUCCUCCUCCUCCUCCUCCUCCUCCUCCUUGUCCUCCUCCUUCUCCAGGGUUUUUAUGUUGAUGCCGUUUUUUGUUCCCUUAUUUUUGCAGAGCGCUGCGCGCGACGCGACGGCGGGCCUCGCCACCUAGUUGGGCAGGCCAACGAUCUUCGAUGCAGCGUGCUGCUACGCUGCGGCGCCAGGAGUUUGUGUGCCCGUUGCGGUAAAAGCACGCUCGCGAGCCAUGUCUCGUUGGAGUCAACGUCGCGCAGGGGGGCGAAGGACCCAAUCCCCCUACGUCGCCAUCAUGUCGCGAGGAGGGCGGCUGGGCGGCUUUGAUCGCGCUUGUUGCGGGGCGCGCGGCCUGGCGCUUUGCGAUCAAGAAGAAGCGCUUUGUUGUGUCAUGCGCGUGCGUGCCGUUUGUCCUCUCGUUGUUCGCGCCCCUGCACGCAUUUGCACUAGAAGUAAGGUUGCAGAUAACGCCGCUAGGUUCCAGGGAACGGGUUGCGUCAUUAUUUUGCUUGGCCAUCGAAACGCUGUCUCGCCAAAGAGUUGAAGGCGAUGAGUGCGCGCUGGAAAGUUUUGAACACAUGGGCCGCAUUGAGCAACACUGGUUGCCAGCGCGGCCUCGUUACUUUAGCGAACUGGCUUCACAUCGUUCAUUUUCGUGCGCGCUGCCAGCAAGCUGCAUUCUUACACCGAGAAGGACCCCUGCCCAGGGCAGCGAAUGGCACGACCACCAGAACGCUAACAAAUGUUUAAUUGCAGGCGCGAGUUUUCCCCGCAUGAGGCGAGCGACAGGCCAGACACGUCGUCGGACGCAGUGUGCGCGCUUGGCAAUGCGGGCAAUGCGUGCGUGAAUAGGACGUGCCGCUGUCAACGUUGAUAUCAUUUCGGCAUGCUGUGCGCGGCGCGCUCGUUUGUCCGAAUUGCGCCAUAUGCGAACGUCAUAUCGAUUGGCAAUCGGAUAGAUGUGGCCUGACACGCAAGACGUUUUGAAGCCAUUAUUCUUGUGUCGUUCUAGCACUUUAGCUUGGUAGGUCCGCUGGGACGGACUGUUCUUGCUCAAGGUUUCAGCGCC